AUGAGUGCACGGCCUACAGCAGCCGGCACUCGGACGAAAAAGCAAAACCACGCUAACAUACCAUGUCCUAUCGAGGAUUGCGCACGAUUUACAUAUGGAAAGCUUCCUGACCAUCUAACUAAGAUCCACGGCCUCACCGGAGCAGAAAGAGAUGCUCUUAAUGAGCAACAGAGAAAAAGAUUUUUUAAUGGAGAACUUUGUCAAGUUCGGUUCUUGAAGGAAUCAGCUAUUCGAGAUCUCUGGGGUGCCGAUUAUGAAGACCCCCGAAUUCGCGCUAAAAUUCAUCAAAGCUACGCUCUUGUUAAAAUAAGGAUAAUUCCACUAGCUGCUACUCAACGCUCCCGUCCUCUAACAGAACAAGAUGCUAAUGUUUUAACCGCAUAUAAUGCAAGAACUGCUCCACGUCCAACUCGAGUACAAAGAACCAGAGCUCGUCAACGACCAUAUUCCAUUCCAGCAACAAGCCCCGUGGAAAGUCGAGUAUCUAGUGAGUCAAGUGAGGAGGAAAAUGCACGUGGCUCUUUGCCUCCUUCACCCCCGCCAUCCUCACCUUCUUUGCCACCAUCUCCAGCACCUUACGAAUUACAACCUGUCGAAACUCGAUUGCGAGAUAUAUUUGAUUCGAAAAUUGAUGCAGGAUAUAAAGCAGUGAUCGAUGAUAUGAAAAAGUCGAUGACAUUGGGUCGCAAGCUCGGAACGCGAAAGCGAAAAGCAUACAGAACAUACCGACGAUAUGCAAAACGAUUAAUCGCAUAUUUGCAUAGACAACAUUCACCGCUAGCGUAUGAUGUAGACGUGUUGCUGUGCGGGGAAAGUCAAGUAUGUGCAUUUUUGGAAAGAAUAAGUAGCGAACACAAAACGAAAACGCUGCGCAACUACAUCGUCGCUGCAAUUAAAUUGCUCGAUUCUCGACUAUUUGCAAUAGAAACAGAUCCUUCCAGUAAAGAAAAAGUUGCAUCAAUGACCCGUGUGUAUGAUGUUUUGCAUGGGCGUUUGAACGCUUGUGAUAGGUUACUAGCACAAAAGGAAAGUUGUCAGAAAGAAACCGCUAAUUUCGACAAUGAUCCUAUGGAUCAAACCUUUAACGAAAAUUACGAUGAUUUGGUAUAA